GAGGGAAUCGCUGCCUCGGCGCAAGUCUCAGAUGAAGAUGAAGUCUGCUGGCGUCGUGGAGGGAGGGUUGUUCACAGAGAGCUAUUGUAACAUCUGCAAUGCCCAGCUCAUCUCCGAGUCUCAGCGCACCGCUCACUAUGAGAGUAAGAAACAUGCCAACAAGGUGCGUCUCUUCUACAUGCUCCACCCUGAAGAUGGAGGACCGCCUUCCAAGAGGCUGAGACCAGAUAACCCAGACAGUGCAGAGACAGAGGUGGACAGGAACAAGUGCUGUACUCUGUGUAACAUGUUCUUCACCUCAGCCAUUGUGGCACAGUCCCACUACCAGGGCAAAACGCAUGCCAAGAGAGUCCGCCUGGUGUUGGGGGAGCCGCCCAGCUUACCCACAGCCACAGCCAGUCCUCCAAACACAGAUUCCUCCCCCUCCACCCCACAGCCCACAGACCCCGCUGCCUGCCCCCCUCCUCCCCCGACUCUGCCCUGGCCAAUGGCUGUUGUCGGUGGCACCGCAGGAGGAGAAGCAGGGAAGUACUGCUGUCUGUGCGGAGCCUGGUUCAACAACCCGCUGAUGGCCCAGCAGCACUACGAGGGCAAGAAACACCGCCGGAACGCAGCCAGGGCACGCCUCUUGGAGCAGCUAGCUGGCAGUCUGGAUGCCACGGAGAGCACAGGACUGCGCAGUAGCUACUCCUGCAGCAUCUGCAGUGUCGUCCUCAACUCCAUUGAGCAGUACCACGCACACCUCCAGGGCUCCAAGCACCAGAACAACUUGAAGCAGCACCAGCAGUAAGCCACUAAGACAGGCCACUCUGGGAUGGAGGAGGGAAGAGAUGGAGACUGAGAUAAUGGGAAUAUACAACAAGGAGGACCUGUAUCAGAAACAAUGGGAGUAUGAGAAAAUACUGCAGAGCAACUUCUAUGUGUGUGUGUGUGUGUGUGUGUGUGUGUGUGUGUGUGU